GGGACUCGGCAUCAUAUCAACCUACCAGUCCUACCAGACCUAUGUACCGUGCAGGGAUACUGCGCUAAGCACAGUUUUUAACCAUGUCGCGCAGACUUUCCGCUAUCUUCACCAACAAUUUCUCGUCAUCCUCAGACGACAGGAAGAAUGGAUCGCCCACCACAGGUCUCUCUCCGCGACGAGCAUCGCCGCCAGACGCUGCACGAUCGAGAUCGCCCUCCAAAUUGUCGAAGCAGGCGCCCUCAUACAACCAGGCUCGAAGACCCUCUGCACAUCUUCUCCCCCCAAAUGCCGGCGAGCCAACAUUGCCCAGUCUACAGAGCCUACAAGAUGACUUCGCAGUCAAUGGGUCCGACAGUGACCUCAUGCCGCCCCCGUCGAUCCAUACUGCUUCACAUUCGAGAACGAACUCAGCCGGAUCGAGGCCGGGAACACCGGGGGGCUUGAGUUCGAGUAGACCGAUGACUCCUGUGCUACAACUGCCUGGACAGCCGCCUAUACACGCCGAGCCAGCACAUGACAAGAAGAAGAGCAAGCAUUGGUGGACGAAAAAGGAUGACAAAAGUGAAGUGGCCAGAGGCCCCGUGGCCUGGAUCUCAGGGCAUCCUCAGAAAGUGCCAUACGACGUCGACGCUUUAGCCAAUGCGCAACCGAUGCAGGAAAUGUGGAACACCGAGGACGGCAAUUGCUUCGUAUAUUUGUUUCCACGAACUUCUGGUAAAGGCGCAUCCUUCAGGAUCGAUUCCGCAGUCUUUGCUUCGUCUCCAAUAUUGACGAAGCUUGCGUUUGGUGACAUAUAUAGCAAUCAGUCCCCCGCCGGUGGUGAUCGAAGAGCGAUGCCAUUGGAAGAUCGAACAUCACAUCUAUCAUUAGGCGAUCCAGCUACACCUCCAAUGACUCCCACGCGAAAGCCAGCGCCUGGCACGACGCACGGCUCGAGCACUACGUCUUCGCACGACUCUCGAGGACGCGACUACAACUUUUCGGACCCACAAGAAGUGCAUCUCUAUCUGCCCAUCAAGUUGAGUAGUGAUGGCGCGGCGCCUGGGGCGACAAAUUCUACCGACGGGAAAGCGAACAGGGAGGACUUGCAGACAUUGAUCGACUAUCGAAACUUCUUCGCUUUCCUUUGCGGCCAAUCUUUGGUGGCUACCGAGAGAAGAAGCUCUUUCUUUGCCAUCUUCAUGACAGUCGCCGGCAUCUUGAAAUCGUACCAGUUCACGAAUGUGGACGGUUCCACCUAUGGCGAAGCAGCGAAUUCAAGCUUCGACGCAUACAUCGAGGAGCUUGGGCUUGGCGAUUGUCGGACGAGUCGAGAGAAGACCAUCGAAGGCGUUGUGCUUGGUGAGCGCAUGAAGAGCGUGUCGUUAUACAACGAAGCCUUUACACACGCUUCUGGAAAGCACCAGGACCUGCUUGCGCUCAAAAGCCCCAAAUUCAACAUGAUCUCGCCCAUCACACAGAAUAGAUUGACUCGCGCAUCGAUGGAUCUCGACAAGCGUGUUGCAGCAAUCCGACUGAUCAUGACGGAUUUUGAUUUCCCCUUCCUCUUUUCAGGCAUCAUGGCCUCAAAGACGUCAAUUGAGAGGAAAGAGGGUGUCCGGUUCGAUGCGUGGAAAGAGCACUUCAUGGGCAUGCGCAAGUUCAUGAUGGGAAUGUUGAAGCAACGAUACGGCGACUGGCCUCCCAAGGCAAGCAGCAAGAAAAACACUCUCGAGACUUCCGGGCUGAAUCGCCUGGUGCUACGCGAUGUCUAUCAGGAUCUGUCCUCCAUGUACGAUUUACUCGUUGACCGAAGCAAUCUGACAUCUAGAACAAUCGACGGAGUAAAUCUAGAUGAAAGCCGAGACGAACCAGUGGUACGCGGAUUGAGAGCGGUGCUAUCAGAGUACGAUCGCUCGACACCUCCUGUCAAGCCACCGAUUCCCUUUGACCUGCCCAAAUUGCCUACUCUGCGAAGCACGAGACCUGACUUUGGUGUGGAUGCCAAGAAGGACGCAAAGGUCUUGCACAAAAAGCUCAAGGAUGACGAGAUACACCAGAUACUUCGUGCCAGCUGGAACGAAGAUGCGCAGGUCACGCCCUUCGUGGACGCGUUCCGUGAGAUGGAAAAGAGGGCGGCCCAUGGAUGCACGGCCUCUGAGCUUGAAGACUUCCGCAUUGGUCAGUGGAUCUUUAUGUACACAGUGCUGCAAGCUCUGCCUAUGCUGGCAUGCGAUGCUCCGGGCUUGAAGUGGACCAAGGGAGUGGAGUACUUCCUGUGCGAGCCACCUCGCUCGGGCGUGCCGUGGGCAGAUCCAAAUGCUGCAGGCGCACGAGCAGGGAGCAGAACCUGGUUCUCAGUGGGUGGAGCAGGAGGCGGUGUAGUGUCUCUGCCUUCGGACCUCAUUGAUCAUGGCGUGGAGGGAAUAUACAAGAGAUCUCAUUGCUGGAUCAUGGCUGAACGCUGGUGCGCCGCAAAUCCUCUGCUGAGCGCCGCUCUUCAAGAGCAACAGGCCAGUCAUGAGCCAGGAUACAAUGACGAAGGAUUGCCAGCACCACCGUCUGGCAAUGACCUACUGCGACCUAGUAGCCGGGUUAGCAAUCGCAGUAACAGAUUGUCCUCUUUGGGUCUUGGACUUGAGGCUUUGCCUCUGCCCGCUGGUGUCUCUCCUGAUGGCAGGUCGCCAAGUCCUGGCAUCCCAAUGGAGCGGCCACGAACUCCAGUGCAUUCAGUCGAUGCGAGCAAAACGUUUGAUGCGAUAUUGGGCGGGCCCGAUAUGACCACGAAAAGCAAAAAGGACAGAAAGUGGAAAUGAGCAAUGACAGUGCGUUGGCUAAAAAAGUGCACUCUGCAUGUACAACUAAUGUUGCAUACAUUCACGUAUCGAUACCCAGGCUUCGAGGCCAUUGUCUCUAUUAUGAUUGCUCGUUUGUAGUCCAUUAUCUAUACCAGUACCAGAAAUAUUACUAUCGAAUG